AUGCCACCACAUUACACAAAUAACGCAUCUUCCAUUGCUUGUGAAUUUCAAGCUCCAUCUCCUCAUCUUGACACGCUUACUGGAGAAAAACAUUAUACAAGUGAAGAUCCAUUUAAGUUAACACCUAAGCAAUAUGAAGAAUGGAUAUUUAUUCGAAAAAUACCGAACAUGUCAAUGAAGUCAGAUUAUAUCGCAGAAGCAGCUGGACGAAUAGCACCAGUUGAAGCUAAAGCAAAAUCAGAAGUAGGAUCAGCAGCAACAAGAGUAGCAAAAGCAGAUGUAGCAACAGGACGGUCACCAUCUCCAUCACCCCUCCAGCAACUACCACAACACCAAAUACCUCCGCAAUAUGCCACCAUUCUUCCCUCAACGGUGACUGAUGGCAUUGCAUUAUUAGAGGGGCUCGUGGAGAAUUCCACGUUUUCCAUGUCGGACGUAGAAAGAAUUAACGCCCUUGCCAGUCGUGUUAAUGCUGCUGCUGCUGCUGCUGAUCUUGCUUCUGCUGGUGGUGGUGGUUCUGCUCGUCUUGGUCCUGCUUCUGCUUCUGCUGGUGGUGGUGGUUCAGCUGAUCUUGGUCCCGCUAGUGCUUCUCCACCACCAACAUCAUGA